UUUGGAUUACAUAACACGAUCACAUAAACGAAACAAUUAUCAUAACACUCGGUGAACGGUGUAUUCUCAGGCGUUCAUCUAAUUUUCGUUAGCCAUUCGAAGCAUCAUUCCCAUGGAAAACCUGUGGUGGCCUACUCUACUAUGUGAUGUGAUAAGCUAAGGGAUAAACCCGAAACCCGUUCAAGAAUCGGCCCGCCAUUAACUCUGAAACGUGCGUACCCAAAACGACUACGCUGGUAAGAUAUAGAAUAUGUAGAUCCUACUUGAUACAUUGUGAGUUUACUGUGUCAGUCACCUGUCUGUUCUAUAAGGACAUUUCUAUGCGAAACAUUCUGUAACGUUUUGACUGCUGAACAUGCCUCUGCGAUAUGAUGACGUAUCGACGUACAGACAACAAACAGUUGUUAGACAUGAGUUCAUCGAGCAAACGUUAGCCAUGCGAAGACAAAAACAGUACAUUUGUAGUCAAGUGUAGCGAUAAAUGUUUAAUGUAAUGCGACGUCACCAUUCUUGAUUUUGAUUAAACGUUUAACUAGAAGACUACCGCUUUACAGUCGAAAUCAUUCGGCAUAAACGCCAGCGAUAUCGAGACAUGCUCCGAACUGUGACGCCUGCUUUUUUCCCCCUGCCUAUCCGAGUGAUGUGAGGUGUACGGGGAGACCGAGUACGACAUUCGGGAUUUUUGUUUUGUUUUUUUGGGAUAAUACGAUGGACUCAGGAAAACAAAGCAUUUUGUCUUAAAAACUAAAAAGCAAAGGCAGUUUCUUUGGUUUAGAUGUCAUUGUUAACAAAGCAAUAACUUUAGCUAGCAAGCUAUCUGUUUCAUGCAAACGAUGGUCGCGGCUGGAGCUAGCCAGUUCACUUUUGUUAGCUAGCUAGCGUAAUGGAGGCACUAUGAGCGACAGACAAAAUUCGUAGCUGGCUAGAUCAGAUACCGAUCAUUCUAUAACACUUAGAGGUACCCUCCGUGUCUAGCUACAACAACAAAAAACUAACCAAGUAGGGUUACAUUUAAACCUAAGUGUAGCUAUUGAAUUGUCAACCAUCUGCACAUCAAGGUAGUUUCGUUUUGUCCGUUGCAAUAGUGGGCUUUAGCAAUAGCAAUAUCUAGACAGCUGUUGAGAGUUAAAUAAUAGCUUGUUGUGCGUGAUAAGGGAAUCGUCGUUUUGACACCAUAAUUUGACCGCAGGUGGUUGUUUUUUUUGCACAAGUUUGGUCAGUUUGACACCCAUAUCAUUCACGUACCUGGGCAGGUAGGCCUACGUGCAAAAUUCAGUAAUUCAACUUUAGGCCUGAAAGUAUCUAAGCAUAGGCUAUCUCGUAUCCCACCAUCCAUUUCAGUUCACCAAGUUUUCAAGUGGGUUUAAGUGACCAAGUUGUCAAUUGCAGAGUUGUUUGGGAUCAUUCAUUUUCAAAGCAGUUGCUUGGGAUGUUGUGAUAUUCCCCCAAGUGUGGCACACAUGUGACAUGCUGCAUUGAGUUCUAGAGCGGCUGUUGACGUUUCGCACAUUUAGGCUAUUCCACUGGCCAUCAACAGUAAAAAAUAUCCGUGUCGUUCAGCUCAAUACAUUUGAUUGUUUGCCCGAAUCUCUUUUGAAAUGCCAUCAUGAAUAUCGAGGAGCAAUCCUUAGAGUCAUGUAAUGUCAAGACAAAAAACAAUGUGGAUGAUAACAGCUCCAAUAAUUCGGAGGAGAUAAUACCGCGGAUCACGGAACUGAUGGACGGAGAUUUAGGUAAACAAAACAGCACCGAAGCCGCGGAUACACCCUCGCUAGUCUGUCUCACUGACAACACGCGGGGGGUCGAGGAGGACAACAGUCGGACCAAACAGACACUGGAAAUAGACGAGGUCAACGGGAAUAAAAAUAACAGCGCCCCGGACACACCGGCAUUCGUCAGUUCCGAAUUUUCAAACGUUUCAAAUGACGACCAAUACAGAGUGGACAUGGUGGUCAAAGAUACGGAACAUACCGUUCCGAUGUUUGACAUAGGGGAUGGGGAUGACGGUGGAGAUAUGGACAUAGGGGUGGAUUUGAGCUUGGACGAGAGCGGUGUAUUGGAGUCGGAGCCAACAGAACAGGGACCAUCUCUAGCGGAGGAGACCGGUUCCGCAGACUGUGCACAUGCAGAUUCCACAGCCCCAUGUGACACCACAGAGCAGGCAGCGAGUGCCUCGGAGCUGUUUCAGGAGAGUGAGUCUCUGGUCUCAGCCCCAGAGCAGGCCACCUCCCCCGUUCUAGAGGAGGGAGAGGAUGGACACAAACCGGGGAGCAAGAGGGUGACUUUCCCUUCCGAUGAUGAUAUUGUCUCUGGAGCAGUGGAGCCCAAAGAUCCCUGGAGACAUGCCCAGAACGCCACAGUGGAGGAGAUUCUUUCUGCCUACAGACAGGCCUGCCAGAAACUCAACUGCAAACCCAUACCUAAAGUGCUCAAACAAAUACAGGAGCUUAAAGAUCUGACUCUGCGAAAUGAAUGCCUAGACCUUAAAGGUGAGAAGCUGGACUACAAGGCCUGUGAGUCUCUGGAGGAGCUUCUGAAGAGGGUUCAGUUCAAGGUGGUGGACCUGGAGCAGACCAACCUGGAUGAAGAUGGUGCGUCAGCGUUGUUUGAUAUGAUUGAAUACUACGAGUCGGCCACACACCUCAACAUCUCCUUCAACAAGCACAUCGGCACCAGAGGCUGGCAGGCCGCUGCCCACAUGAUGAGGAAGACGAGCUCCCUGCAGUACCUGGACGCCCGUAACACCCCCCUGCUGGACCACUCGGCUCCCUUCGUGGCGAGGGCGCUCCGCAUCAGCGGGAGUCUGGCCGUGCUGCACCUGGAGAACGCCGGUCUGUCAGGAAGACCGCUCAUGCUGCUGGGUAACACACACACACACACUAUGUACUGGACCUACACACUUACACAUCUAUAUAUACACACACAGUCUAUACACACACACGCACUGGCUCUGCCGGGGUUUGGUAAUGGAGCACACACACUGAGAGUGAUAAGCUGUACUGGCUGGAUCUACAGUGGACUUUCCAUGUAUUACUGCUGCCCUCUGGCCGGUGGCAUGAGGAAAUACAAACUGAAACUGAUCUAUAAAUAUAGAUGUAUUCAAAAGUCAAAUAUAACAGACCCUUUCUCGCUCUCUCCAUCUGUGGUAUUUUCUCUCCUUUUUUGUCAUCUCUUCUUUCUCUUUAUCCUCCACUUUGACCUCUGUCUCAUCUCCCAUCACCUCUUUCCUCCCCCCACCCCCCCUCUCUUUCCUCCUGCUCCCUCCGUCUCUCCUCUCCACCCCUUGUCUCUCCCCCAGCCCUGCACCCAGAGUCUGGAGACCUUGAACCUGGGCCAUAACUCUGUUGGGAACGAGGGCAUUCACAAGCUGAAGGACGGCCUGAUUUCCAACCGCUCAGUGCUGCGCCUGGGCUUGGCCUCCACCAAGCUGUCCUGUGAAGGUGCGGUGGCGGUGGCAGAGUUCAUAGCGGAGAGCCCUCGCCUGCUGCGUCUGGACCUGAGGGAGAACGAGAUCAAGACGGGCGGCCUGAUGGCUCUGUCCCUCGCCCUGAAGGUCAACACCUCCCUGCUGCGCCUGGACCUGGACCGGGAGCCCAAGAAGGAGACCGUGAAGAGCUUCAUCGAGACACAGCGCGCCCUGCUGGCCGAGGUGCAGAACGGCUGCAAGAGGAACUUCAUCCUGGCCAAAGAGAAGGAGGAGACGGAGCAGCAGAUGAGGCAGUCGGCCUCAAUGGCCGAGAUCGCCACCGAGGACGGGACGGGGGUGGAGGAGGAGGAAGGGGGAGGAGGAGGAGGGGGGGAAGGGUCUGGAGACCCAGGGGAAAGAGGGAGGAAAGACAGCAAUGGAGAGGAAGAAGGGAAGGACACAGAGGAGGUAGCAGUACGGGACAGCCAAUCAGCAGCGAGUUCCGAGGGUGGGGCGUUACCGCUGGAGUCGGACUCGGACACUGAGGAGGAGGAGGAGGAGGUGGUGCUCUCUAAACCAGCCGCCAGGACCGCCUCCCCCCACCUGGCUGCCUCCUCCCCACUGCCCGGGCCCCCCCAGACUCCCCUCAGUGCCUCAAGGACCUCCCCCUGCCAGUCUCCCUCCCCAACCGCCAUGUCAGGGAUCACCAUCACAGAGUCCUCAGCCCCCCCAGGAACCCCACCCUCUCCCGGGCGCUGCAUCUCCGUGUCUAGCCCAGGGAGGGGCCAUAAGAUCUUCAUGGUGACCCGGGUGGAGAGCCCCCCUGACCAGAACCAGGUCCUCCAGCACCUGCAGAGCAAGGCAGGGCUCCCUGCCGCCCCCCCAUCCAAGCAGCCCACCAUGUCACAGGGGAAGCAGACCAGCACGGAGCUGGGGGCACAGACGUCCAGGACACAGCAGCUGGUCCAGACCUUCUCCCAUCCUCUCGCCCAGGACCACGACCAGCCCCAGCCUCACACCGUGACCCAGGCCUCAUCCCAACCCAUCCAGGCUGAGGGGCAAAGCCCAGCAGAUCAGACCCAAACAUCCCCAACACCACAGACCACAGAGGCAGAUCUUCUCCUAGACGCUAAACAGCCAGACAGCCAGAGUGGAUUUGAUGCUCCCCACCCCACACCAGACCCCCCACAACCUGAUGAGGGGGUAGUAGGUAGUAUGGAUGGGGUAGAAAGUAGUACAAAGGGGACGGUGGAGGCGGUUAGUGUGGAAGGGGAGGUGGUUAGUGUGGAGGGGGAGGUGGUUAGUGUGGAAGGGGAGGUGGUUAGUGUGAAGGGGGAGGUGGUUAGCGUGGAAGGAGAGGUGGUUAGUGUGAAGGGGGAGGUGGUUAGCGUGAAGGGGGAGGUGGUUAGCGUGGAAGGAGAGGUGGUUAGUGUGAAGGGGGAGGUGGUUAGUGUGGAAGGGGAGGUGGUUAGCGUGGAGGGGGAGGUGGUUAGUUUGGAAGGGGAGGUGGUUAUGGUGGAAGGGGAGGUGGUUAGUGUGGAAGGGGAGGUGGUUAGUGUGGAGGGGGAGGUGGUUAGUGUGGAGGGGGAGGUGGAUGGUACACAGGCAGUAGAAGAGCCCUCUACACCAGCAGGCUUACUCUCAGGGGAAGCAGGAGGCUUAGCAGGUCAUAUGAGCCUGGCUGCAGCAGAACUUAGCCAGCCACCUGAACCAGCCCUGCCAGAACGCUCUGCUGACUCACCAGCUCCAGACCCGGUCACUGAAGAGGAGGAGAAGGAGGAGAAGGAGGGGACAGACUGCCAACCAGACCUGUCGGCUAACCAGCAGCAGACUACUGAGGGGGUGGAGGAUGGAGGGAUGGUGGAGGAUGCAGGGAUGGUGGAGGACAAGGAGGAGAGUCCACAAAUACAGGAUACAGAAAGUUGUAUUUGGGAGGAGAAUCAAGAGCAUGAUGAAGGCAUAUCACAUCCACAAGUGUCCAAGACUGAAACUAAUGCAAUACAGCAGGAAACAUUAGCAUCUUUGCUAACAGACCCACUGACUAAUCUAGACACAGAGCUAGAGCAGCUAUCAUUGCCAGCUGAGGCCCUGCAACUGUCCCAGGCACCGCUCCAGCAACAAGCUCAGUCACUUCCCCAUGUUGACCUGCAGGAUGUGCCAGCAAGACUGUUAUCUCAGCAGCAGUGCGCCAGGGAGAGAACAGAAGAAGAGGACAGCCAGCAGAGCCAAGAAGAAGAGCCAGCUCCCAAGCUCGCCAGAGUAGAGCAGGAACAGGAAGAGGAAGAAAACCAUCAGCCACCUCCCAUGGAGGCCUGUCAGCAGCAAGCUCUUCCUGUGCCAGAGGAGGAUCCACAGAAAUCAGCCCAAUUAGAGGACAGCUUACAAGGCCUUGUGUCUGCUGACCCCUCCUCCCCCCAGACCGAGUCUGGAGCCCCCCCAUCCACGUUGGAGGCCUCCUUGGACGAGGAGGAGGGCGAGGGCCCGGGGGGGGCCGGGGUGGGGGGCUCGGCCCUGCCUAACGGCCUGAAGCCUGAGUUCUCUCUCCACCUGCUGGAUCCUGACGCUCCCAAGCCAAGCCCCUACAUCAUGGAGCACACGAGUGUGACAGCAGAACUGAGCUGUGAACAGAACCUGGAAGAGCUGCUGCUGGAAGCCAGUCUGGAGUCUGGGAGGGACGCCCCAUAACGC